AUGUCCUAUCCGCUCCUCGGCCACUAUCACCAUCCUCACCCUGCCGCGAUCGCCGCACCUGGGUACGCGCUCGAGCCUCAUCGCGGCUCCUUUGCGGGUCACAGUAGCACCAGCACCAGCACCAGCACCAGCAGUGUCAGCGCCGGCAGCAGCAGCAUGGGUGGUCACCUGGCUACAGCUCUCGUCGGCGACCGAAUCGAGUACAAGGGUGCCGUUCUCCUCCUUGAUCGCCUCGAACACCACCUCUCUGCCCACCCGCUCGUCCGUGACUGCGCGGUGCUGGCGUCCGAUGCGCUAGCGGGAGCCCGAGCCGCUGGCCACACGACCCCUCCCUCGCCUACAGCGUAUGUAGCGCUCAGCGGCGUGGGCAGAGACCGGGCGCUCAAGGGCGGCGAGAAGGAGUCCAAGAAGAUGAAGACGGAGCUCACAAAAUACCUGGCUGACCACGCCCCCGCCUUUCGGCAGCUCAAGGGCAAGGUCAUGUUUGUCGAUUCUAUCCCUCGUGCCCAGGACGGUGCAGUUCUCAAGCGGGCCCUGGCCGAGAAGGGCGCUGCCACGGCCGCCCAGCCCGUGGCAGGACCCAGCAAGGGCUUCUUCAAUACCGUCCUGACCUCGCCCGCGCAACCAGCUUCCGUCCCCGCCACCGCCACUGCCGCUGUCGAUGCCGCUACGGCCGACGAUGCCGGUGUCGAGGAUGGUGCCGACGGCUCGCCCAAGAAGAGCGGCCGCGACUCAAAGCGGAGGGCGACGCACAGCCAGAUCGAAAGGCGGCGGCGGGAAAAGAUCAACGACCGCCUCGUCACGCUGCGCUCCAUCGUGCCAGCGUGCGCAAAGGAGCUCGAGGACCGACGGCGGCAGCGGCAGGAGGAGGAGGAGGAGGCGGCACGGAUCGCGGCUGGCGGCGCGCCCAAGACGCUCAUCGACGCGGCGACGGGCAAGCCGAAGCGAAAGCGCAAUCGCAAGAAGCCUGAGCCCAAAAAGGCGGGCGACAACGACAAGGACGAGGAGCUCGGCCUGCACAAGCUCGAGGUGCUCACCCAUGCCAUCAACCACAUUUUUGAGCUCAAGGCGAGGAUCGAGGAGCUCGAAACGGGCAAGAAGCCGACGUGGAUCCCCACGGCCGAUAACCCUUUCGGCGUCGAGGGCGCACCUGUGCCAUCUUCAUCCGCCGAAGUCGCCGCCGCCGCCACAUCAGCGCGUUCAUCGGUAUCACAGACCGCCGAUCCGACUAGGUCGAUCGUUGGCGAGACCAAGGAGGAGGGCCGUGAGGCGCGUGCGAACGCGGGUCAUGAUGAAGACGGCGACGCUAGUGGUCUCGACGACGACGACGACGGCGAUGACGAGCUUGCCGACGAGGGUCAACAGCCGAUGGCGAAGCGACGGACGAGCACCGCCACCCGCCCCGCAUCCAUCCGUCCCGCCGUGCAGCGCGGGGCAGCGUCAUCGUCGGCUCGCGGCCGCCGAGCGCACGGCUCGAGCAGCUCCAGCCGCGACAGCGAUGAGACGUCGCCGAUCAUGAGCCUCGGCCACAACACGCCGCUCCUCAUCUCGCCGGCGACGACUGCCAUGACGACCAUGUCGUCGCCCAUGAUGUCGCUCAGCGCCGAGUCGCCCAUCCUCCUCGGCGACAUGGGCUCCAAGCGGACGGACAAGGCCUACGGCUUCCAGCCCCUGCCGCCGGCCGCGCUGCCCCUAUCCUCGCACGGCCCGAUGCCCAGCACUGGUGCUGCUGCGGCUUCGGCAACAGCGCCCACGCCAGGCGAUCCGCAGAGGCGCGACUCGAGCUCGUUCCUCUUCAAGCAGCUCUCGCUCAAGUCGCCCAACUUUGUCCCGUUCAACCCGCUGGCCUACUCUGCCGCGAGCCGGGCGCGAACGAGCACGGCGAGCGUGACGCCCUACUCGAGCUACGGCGCCGAGAGCGGGAUGCGCGAGACGCGCUCGCCGCGGUCGUCCGAGACUGCCAUCAGCAGCAGCGGCAACACGCCGUCGCCAUCUCGAAGGGACGCCGGCGAUGUCGAGGCUUCAUCGGGGGCUCCCGACGGCUCCGCAGGUCAUGCUGACCACCGCGCGGUGCCCGGGUUGGCCGAUAGCGACACGUCGGCCGCGGCGUUGCUGCUCAAUUUUAGCACGUCGCCCGAGGUGAUGCGGCCCGUCUCGUCGGUCCGCGCCUCUUCGCAGACACGCGUCGGGGCGCGACCGACCGACCUGUCGUCGUCGUACGACCUCGGCAGCAGCGCGGGACACCGACACCCGCUCUACUUUACCUCGCCCCAGUUCCGUCCGAUCCACUCGACGUCGUCGUCCUCCUUCCGCGACGAUCCGCUGCGGAGGGUGCCCGGAUCCGCGCCGGGCGGUGCGAGGCCGAUGACGACCAACUUUGACCCGUUCGGACGCAGGACGGCGGUCGAGUUCCGCCGAGGGUAUGCGCAUGGCGGCGCAGCGGGGGCAGCGGACGAGGUGAGGGGUGUCGAGGAUGAGGAUGAGGGCGAUGAGCUGCUCAAUUCGCCGCCGCACCUCGCCCUCGACGGUGCGCUCGAGGGCGAGGAGGGAGAUGAGCCGGCGGCAGAGGCGCGCGAGGACGAUGUGCUCUCGGACAAUACGGUCGAGGACGUGGCGAGGGUGCCGAUGCAGAUCGACUAA